AUGGGUUCUGUGCCUGAACAAGUAUUGCCUGUAAUCAGUUUACAGUCCGAUACCCUGGCACGCGAUCUUUACCAAGCAUGCAAAGAAACGGGUUUCUUCUAUCUAACCGAUCACGGAAUUAGCCCUGACAUAUUGAAUAAUGUACUAUCAUUAGCGCGUCGAUUUUUCUUGGAGACUGCUGAGGAUUCAAAAUCCAAAAUUCAGCGCAAGCCUGUGCAUGAAGGCGGAGACGGAGCCCGCGGAUAUCAAGUGCUCAACGAGAACGUGACGAAAGGAAAGAGAGACUAUCACGAAGCCGUUGACUUUUAUCGAGAAUGGGAUCACUGCAAUGAUGAAGAUGUCGACGGAUCACGCGGUUACCAGUUCCUGCGAGGACCAAACCUGUGGCCGGAGCAUCCGCCGGAACUUAAGCAGUUGUUGCAGGACUACAUCGAGCAGUGUCAGAACGUUGGAACGCGGGUGGUCAAGGCCAUGGGUGAGGCUCUCGGAGAAGGAGACGUGUUUGUACGGGCUACGCGGAAAAGCUUCUGGGUGUUUAGGAUGAUUGGGUAUCCACCGCUCCAGGGUGGGGAUGCACACGAAGGGAUCUCAUGCGGCGAGCACACUGACUACGGCUGCGUAACGUUGCUGCUGGCAGACGACACGGUUGGAGCCCUGCAGGUGCAGGCCAAGGACGGGACCUGGAUAAACGCCGACCCGAUCCCAAACGCGUUCGUGGUCAACAUCGGGGACAUGAUGGAGAGAUGGACGAACGGCGAGUGGAAGUCGACGAACCACAGAGUCGUUCAUCGGGGAAGCAACUAUCGCGUCUCCGCCCCGUUCUUCUUCGAGCCGGACUUCGACGCAGAGGUUGCGCCGCUGCCGAAGUGCGUUGAACGCACCGGCGGGAAGGCACUGUAUGGAAGCGUCGUGUACGGUGAGCAUUUGACGGCAAAGGCGUCGACAAAUUUCUAUUCCGGCGGCAUCGAGGAAUGA